CAGAGAUGACACCAGAAAUACCAGAUCCACGAGUGCGAACUCCACCAGAAUUAUCACGUGUAAAUACCGAUGACCCAGCCGAAUGUGUAAAGCAGAUGUUAAAAGCUGCUAGAGAUAUGGAGUUGGAAUCGGUUGUUAAAAUUUUAACAAGCCAUGAUGAAGAAUUUUUUAGAAAUCAUAUCAAUGACACAGAUUCUACUGGUCGAACGCUAUUGAGCUACGUGUCAUCGAGUGGCAGCAUCGAAAUAGUCGAAGAGAUAUUUAGAGUGCCGGAUUUGGAUUAUAACAAACCGGACAAUGAAGACAACACUCCAUUACAUUUUGCAUCGCAAGCAGGUCAAUCCGAAAUUGUGUGUCUGUUAUUAAACAACUGUCUAAAACUAGAGAUUGAUGCCAGAAACUGUUUGGGUUUCACACCACUAAUGAAGGCUGCUCUUCAGGGGCGCACGAAAUGCGCGAAAUUUCUACUCUAUGCAGGCGCAUCGCCCACCAUGCGGGACACCGGUCGGGGCCUGCGAGCCGAACAGUGGGCCAGAUUYUGCGGCCGGUACAAUUGCGCGGACGCGAUCGAGAAACUAGCGCGCAACCGACUCCUGGAACGGACGACGUCGUAUGGCCGGUGGGGCAGCGACCCGGAGUUGGGCCCGCACAUGCUGAUCAACGGUCGGCUGAUGCAGCCGCCGGCCACGUCGGCGGUGGCCACACUCCAGCGCGCGGCCACGCAACACCACCGCUCGAUCAAGUCGAAACUGAAGCGUGCGUUCCGCACGUCGUCCAAUCCCGACUCGACCGCCGGCACCGCCAACCAGUAUUCGCUGGUGUCGCAGCUCACCGGCGCGGCCCUGUGCGCAAGCAGUCCCGCGUUGCCGGUGCACACGCGCGCCAAGCCCAUGGUCAAGUCGUUGCUCAGACCGUUGACCGUGCCAAAGGUGACCGUCACCGGAAUGCAAGAACCGCUCCAACAGCAGCAGCAAACGCCCGUCCCGUCGUCACCGAACGCCWCCGAUUCUCGGAGCAAAAAACAGAAGAACAAAAAACGAUGAUGAUAAUUCUUUUCAGAAUCCUGAACCCUGAUACAUACUUUUGUUAAUUUGUAAAUCCMAAAAAUGAUGCAUUCACGUAUUUGCGAGUUAAUAAAAAGAACAUUGAUCUUUUUAUUCAGAUUAUACUACGUUAAAUGUAUGAGAAGUACAAAAUACAUCUCAGUACUUCA